CAGAGCGUGCAUGCACGCUUCCGGGUCUCGGUGCGUGCUCAAACAGUAACAGUGUUGGAACGUUGGCUCCUGGACCGUUAAACCGCCGCGUUCCGAACAACAACAACAACAAUAACAAGAGAGGAAGAGCCGAGGAGCGUCCGGCCGCAAAGCCCGAGCCGAGCUGAAGGCGAGGCCGAUAAUUAAUCCACAUUCCAGCCAACAACUGAAUCUUGAUCACCUUGCCUCUGAAGGAAGAUGAACCUCAAGAUUUGAGGAAGAGGAGGGGGUUUGCUGCUACCUUUACUUCUAGACUUUCUUUUUACUCGGACUCUUGAAAUUGGCUGCCCAGCUGGCUAUGUAUAGCACUAUCUAGAUGGUAUGCUGUCUGUUGGUCAGUUGGAUAACAAGCCAUACCCAUGGAACCGGACAAUGAUAUUGCACUGGAUAUUUUGAUAACAAAUGUAGUCUGUGUGUUUAAAACAAGAUGCCAUUUGAAUCUGCGGAAGAUUGCACUGGAAGGAACAAAUGUGAUCUACAAAAGAGAUGUUGGAAAGGUGUUAAUGAAACUGAGGAAACCCAGGAUAACAGCCACAAUCUGGUCCUCAGGGAAAAUUAUAUGCACUGGAGCUACAAGUGAAGAAGAUGCAAAAACUGGUGCUCGAAGAUUAGCCCGCCUUCUGCAGAAACUGGGUUUUCAGGUAAAAUUUGCUGGCUAUAAAGUUGUCAACGUUCUGGCUGUGUGCACUAUGCCAUUUGAAAUUAGGCUACCAGAAUUCACCAAAAGAAAUCGGCCAAUUGCAAGCUAUGAGCCAGAACUCCAUCCUGCAGCAUCUUAUAGAGUUAAAGCGUUAAAGGCUACACUUCAAAUUUUUUCCACAGGAAGCAUAACAAUAACAGGAAAUAUAGACCUGGUCUACUCAAUCUUUCCUCAGAGGGCAAUCUACUCAUUCCAAAUAUCAGUUUGGUGAGCCUUCAUUGCACUUCCUUUAAGCACCCAGCAUACAGUGUGUUGCCACUGCAGUGGAGCAAACCUAUCCAUUAAUCUUUGAGUCCCGAAAGACGAUCAAAUAAUCAUUCCUAUUCUGGGACCACCCUUUGAUUAUUGAAUGGAUGACUGCAAAGACAAAUUUUACCAUAUAAUAAUCCCGGGAACGGAAUGGACAUAAAGUAAAUGAGAGACUGUGAGAUGCUUAUAAAAUGUAUGAACACAAUGCAAAUGUAUUCAUAUUGGGAUGUUAAUAUUGUUUUAUUGUGAACUGUUUACAUGACAUGAUGCUGCUGUUUUUCUUGGGAGAGCUCUCUUAGUCUGUGCAGUAAGGGGAACAAGAUUAUAAAAUGUGCACUACAUUUAAAGUUGAACCAUUUUUUCUGGUUGAGCUUUGUGUUUUAUUGUGAGGUCUUUUUAAAAAAGAAAUUUAUGCUGUAUAUGAAAACCAAAGAUGCCACCAAUAUCACUGUCCAUUUAGUUAAAGUGUUUAAAUAAAAUUAAUAGAUGUGUAUUUAAUUUUACAAGAACCCUGCCAUCAGUCAUAAUCUCUUUCAAAACUUAUAAAUAGCAUAACAAAUUUAGCAUUCAUUAGUGAAUCCAAAACAUUAUUUAGGAAAGCAGUUUUGACUAACAGGUCCUCACAAGUAAUAGUUAUGGUUGAAGUUAAAUUCCCAUUUAGUAGUGAUUAAAAAUUUCAGGUAGACAUGGAUUGAAAGUUCAUUUUUAAAAUGAUUAUUUCGUGAGUUCAUGAAAAAUGCAGGGUUCCUAAAAGUUGGAGUCAAAUCACAUCCUAUUAAUGAAAAAAAAAUCUAGUGCAUCAGAUCUUUUACACAUUGUAGGAUAUUGGAAAUUGUUUAAAUAUUUGCAUGGUUGCUUGUUGAUCUUAAUUGUUAAAAAUGAUCAGCUAAGCUAAGAAACUUCAUAUACAGCAUCAUAAAAUGGAUCAAAAAAGACAGUGUAAAGUUGUUUUAUUAAAAUAGUUACAUGCUGUGAUGCAUACCAUUUAUCAUAUCAACCAUUGGAAAUGUAUCAAACAUAGUAACAAGUAUUGCAUUAAUAUUCUAAAGCAGUAUCUUAGGAAACUUUUUCUGUAUUUGAAAAGAACUUUCAUGGGACUAGAACCAUAUAGCCCAUAAUGCUGCAGAACAUGAAUUUAAACUUCUACCAGGAGCCUCACACCCACACAAUAAAGAGAAUCUCACUAAUGUUGGUGAGUUCCAGUGGUUUUUUCAUUUAUGUUUGCUAUAAACUUUGAUCAGUUAAACUCUUGAGUUAUGAAUCUUUCAUACUCCAGAAAGAAUGGCAGAGACUACCCAUCACCAGUGAGAUUUCUUCUCUGAACCCAGAUUUAUUUUGUCUAUGUUUUAAUAAAUACUGACUUGAAAAAAAUGUUUUAUGAUGCGCAACCUUGAUUUGAAGUUCUUUAAUGUACCUAUUAACAAGCAGACUAUUACUUGUGUAACAUUUUAAAAGAAAUUAUUCUAUUGCCCUUCAACCAUUUCCA